UCAUCAUGCCACUUUCAUAGCCUGGUGCACUUUCUACGCUGGAGAAUCAGGAGUGAUCUCACAUGCACCUCCAAACAGUUUUUUUUUUCCUUGUGAUUUUUAAGGGAGAUUUUAUUUAGAGGCGGCGCUUGUUGGCUUCAGAGUAGCGUCGUAACGACACUUUUUUCCCCCAGUCCCUGUUAAAAGAGUUAGACCAGGGCCAGAGUUGGUGCUGGGGGGUCGCUUAUAGCUUUAGUAAUUUCCUGGGGGGUAAUUGCUGCGUUUUUUUUUUUUUUAAAUCCCAGAAGAUUUUUCUAUUUCAUUUUAUUUUUUAUUUUUAAUAUUUUUUCUACUUCUUUUGAAUAUCGCCACUCUCUCUCUCACUCUCUCACUCUUUAAGAUCUGAUACCCCCUUCGAGAUUUUUUUCCCUUUCAGACCAUGAACAAACUAUAUGUUGGGAAUUUAAGUCCUUCGGUCACUGUCGAGGACUUGAAGCAGCUCUUUGGGGAGAGGAAGCUGCCAGUGGCCGACCAGGUCCUACUGAAAUCCGGCUAUGCUUUUGUGGACUUCCCCGACCAGAACUCGGCCAUAAAGGCUAUAGAGACUCUUUCUGGUAAAGUUGAAUUACACGGAAAGGUGAUAGAGGUAGACUACUCUGUUCCCAAAAAACUAAGGAGUCGGAAGAUCCAGAUCCGGAACAUUCCCCCUCAUCUACAGUGGGAGGUUUUGGACGGCCUUCUAGCUCAGUAUGGUACUGUAGAAAACGUGGAACAAGUGAACACUGAUACAGAAACAGCAGUGGUGAAUGUUACGUACGCAACCAAGGAGGAAGCUAAAGUAGCCAUUGAGAAGUUAACAGGACACCAGUUUGACGACUACUCCUUCAAAGUGUCAUAUAUUGUGGACAUGGAUGCUGCUCCGCCCGACCAGGCUCCCCGCUCGCGGCGCGGGGCUCGGUCGUCCAGGGACCAGGACGCCUCUCAGCCUGGGCCCUCGGGAGAAUUUGGGGCUUCACGCGCGAGACAACACGACUUCCCCCUGCGCAUGCUCGUGCCUACUCAGUUUGUGGGAGCCAUCAUCGGCAAGGAGGGCCUCACCAUCAAGAAUGUCACCAAACAGACACAGUCCAAGGUGGACAUUCAUCGGAAGGAAAAUGCAGGUGCAGCAGAAAAGCCCAUCACUAUCCACUCAACUCCAGAGGGCUGCUCCUCCGCCUGUCGCAUGAUCCUGGACAUCAUGCAGAAGGAGGCCAAUGAGACCAAGACGACGGAGGACAUCCCUCUGAAAAUCCUCGCCCACAACAGCCUCGUGGGCCGGCUGAUUGGGAAGGAGGGUCGCAACCUGAAGAAGAUUGAGGAGGAGACAGGGACCAAGAUUACCAUCUCCUCGUUACAAGAUUUAACCAUUUACAACCCUGAGAGGACCAUCACGGUGAAGGGCAGCUUGGAGGCGUGUUGUAAAGCCGAGGCGGAGAUCAUGAAGAAACUGCGGGAAGCCUACGAGAAUGAUAUUGCUGCUAUAAACCAACAAGCUAACCUGAUCCCAGGCUUGAACCUGAACGCUCUGGGCAUCUUCUCCUCUGGUCUGCCGGUGCUGCCCCCUGCUGCUGGACCACGCGGGGCAGUGCCCCCUGUGGCACCAGCAGGAUACAACCCAUUCUUAAGUCACUCUUCACAUCUCAGUGGCCUGUACGGGGUUCCUCCAGCAAGUGCCAUCCCCCACCAGCACUCACAACAGGCUCAAGAGCAGGAGGUUGUCUACCUCUUUAUUCCAACUCAGGCAGUCGGGGCCCUGAUCGGCAAGAAGGGCCAGCACAUCAAACAACUCGCCCACUUCGCUGGAGCUUCCAUCAAGAUUGCCCCAGCUGAGAACCCAGAUGUUACAGAGAGGAUGGUUAUCAUUACUGGAACCCCAGAGGCUCAGUUUAAGGCCCAAGGUCGGAUAUUUGGGAAGCUGAAAGAGGAGAACUUCUUCACAGCGAAGGAGGAGGUCAAACUGGAGACACACAUCAAGGUUCCCUCAACUGCAGCCGGCAGGGUCAUCGGUAAAGGCGGCAAGACGGUAAACGAGCUGCAGAACCUUACGAGUGCUGAGGUCAUCGUACCGCGGGACCAAACUCCAGACGAGAACGACGAGGUCUUUGUGAAAAUCAGUGGGCAUUUCUUUGCCAGCCAGACUGCACAAAGGAAGAUCCGGGAGAUCAUUCAGCAGGUCAAACAGCAGGAACAGAAACACCAGCAUGGCGCCGCCGUGUCACCACACCACUCCAAGUGACCAGUGGGGUGGCUUCAGCGGGCGCCAGCCAAUGAAUGUAGCCCUCCCAAACGGACAGAGACCUACCCAGACAAAGGCCAAGGCCAAGGGGGACAUGCAGGGCAGACCAGCAGCACCGAUCUAAACCAAAGAACUUCACUAUGGGGGAAACAAGUGAGAGCCAAAGGCUGAGGGCAUUGUGUGCACUGCCAGCCCUGUGAGAGCAGAUAGAGUGGGAGAAACCGUACUGAUAUAAUAUAAUAAAAAGACCAAAAAAAAAUCUUUAAGAAAGGUGGAAACUGUUGUCUUCGCAGUUAAAAAGGCAAACAGGAAAUAGUAUGUCGCCCUGCAUAAUGUUAUCUCUUAAGUUGGACUAACAUAGGCCUAACAAAUGGAUAAAGCAACUGUAUUAACACGAGAGUAUACGAGGCAUCGUGAUUGAUAUUUUGAGUUAGAAACGAGAGCGAGUGACAAUGGACACCUUCUCUCACCAGAGUUUGAGAUGAUAUUCAGAUUGCGAGAUUAUCCUUAGCAGUAUUAAUACAGAGUAGAAAAGUAUAUUGAUACACACUGAGAGCACGCACUGUUUUUUUUCCUAUCAAAAUGACAGUGCGGCUCGGUGUAGUUUUUAAUAUUUCGCUUGUUCCAGAGAUUGAUUGGGCUGUGGCAGCCACAUAAAGCGGUUUCCUUUGUUUGUUCACAUUAUAGGCCACUGAAAUCAAAAAGAAAACCCCUAUAAGUAAAUAUGGUGAAUGGUUCUGAGUCUUUGUAAUGAGCCUGUGUGUGUGCCAACGCAAAAGAUAACUUCCCUUUGAAAUGUCUCUCACCAUUCAUAGCUGAUGCUACACUUUUCCUUUUUUCUUCUUCUUUCUUUUCUGCUAAUUUCUGCUUCACUUUCUCAUCACUCUCUCUCAUCUGGCAUUUCGUUUUUUUAAUAGGAUAAAAAUAUUUGUUGUCGAGAAACACUUUUUUUUUCUGUAGCCUUUUGAUAACAUUGAACUGACUGCCACUUUCGCUCAACAGAGGUUAAAUGCCACAGAGGGAUUUAUUUUAUUUUAUGUUACCAGUAAACUGGUAUCACUCACCCAUGCUGUAGCGUAGACUAUAUCUACAGUCAUGCUUGUUAUCCUGACAUAUUAAAAAAAAUCAAAAGGGAUGUCUCUAGAGGCAUUUUCCUUCACGACCAGAGCAAAAAAAUUGACGUCUUAAAAAAAAAACAAAGGUGCACCAAUCAUUUUGAAUGUGCACCACCACACACGCUCUACCUUAUGAGGACAUCACGAGGCCCCACACAACCUGUGAGCUGAGGGCCCAGAAAGGGGAAAGGUGGGGUGGGUGUGUGGGUGGGUGCAGACUCAUGGUGUGUGGAGUGGCAAUGAGGCAAUGUUUUUUUGGGGGUUAGAGGGUGGGGGUGGUUUUUGGGGUUAUGGGGGAGGCACUGUAUGACCUGUGGUACACACACAACCGCAAACGUGACCGCAGCCGCGUUUGGCUUUAACCCUCUCUUGUCAGGGAGCUUUCUAAAAUGGCAUGACAGCUGUGAAUGUACGAUAUGCAGCCUUUUUAGAAAUAUCACCCCUGCCGUGUCCAGCAGGCCGGGCCAGAGGCACAGACACACAGAUUGUCAUUCUCACUCUCGCUCUUUUUCUUUCAACUUUUCCUUUUUUCUGUUUAACAUUUUGGCGAGCUGGCCGGCCGGCCUGCGAGCACGCUGGACACGCAGGUCCCCGGUGUCCCCUUUGUGCUUUACUUUGGAGACCGUGGAAGCUUGUUGCCUUAAUUUGUCACCUUUCAGACAUCACCCAUCAGCUUCAUCUUCCAGACGCAAGGUUAUUGCCAAUACGCAAAGCUUCCUUCCGUGUGUGUGUGUGUGUGUGCGUGUGUGCAUGUGUGUGUGUAUAUAUAUAUAAAAAGAGAGAGUAAUAUUUAUGAAUCUAUUUUUUUCCUAUUUUGUGAUGAGAGCUAUUGAUAAGAAACAAAAAGAAAACAAAGUCCUUUUCUUUUUUUCCUCAGUGGGACACUGCCAUAUUGUUUUGAAGGGAAGUGUUUAUUUUCUUGAAAACUAGACUAUGAAUAAUAAUAUAAAUAAAAACCUGAAAAAAUAGGAGAACAGUAAAGUGAACCACCGCGUUAACUUUGGUCAGGAUGUGAACAGUGCGCAUGUCAGUAUUGUGAUCUACCUCAGGCUUCAGGGUACCUCAGUCCAAUCUUUCAUUUCCCCUUUUUCCACAUUUUGUAUGCCUUGUUAACAGAUCAUUUUGAGCGUUUUUAAUUUUCUUUUUUAAUAAAAAAAAAGAACAAGAGAAAAGAUCUACAGUAAAUCUCUAAACUCUUCAGGUCCAGCCGACUAGUGAAACUUUGUAAACCGUAGUCAACUCUGUUGGACUGUCUUUGCCUGGACGCCAUACAACCUCUUAAUGAUACACGUCAAAGGAUUUCCAAGUCCAUUUUUCUGCUAGAAAGGAAUGAAGAGCAGGAUCUAGGGGGUACAUACCUGCCCGAAGUGGUUCUGAAUGUGGAUGUUGUGUACUGAUUUCACCAUCAAAAGAAAGAAAAGGAUACAAGUCAGUUGAUAGAAAACAGAAAUGAACCAACUGUACCUCCUGUUUUUCCCAACUGUACCUCCAGGUUUUUUUUGGUUUUUUUUAGACUUUUAAAAAAACAAACAAAAAAUGAAGUUUAUUCACUUGUGAAAAAAAAACAAAAACAUUUUUAACAACCCAAUUCAAUCUUACCAGCUCUGUUUGAUAACAGCAUACUCUGGGGUUGAUUUGAAGAAAAACACGAAGCUGCAAAAAUACACUGACAGGACUCUUGAACAUGGUGUAAAAUCCUAGUCUUCUGUGUAGAAUGUAGAACAACUCUAGUCUAGUCGUUGAAAUGUCACUGUGUACGACAAGAUAACUGUAUAUCUGUAAACAUGUACAAUAGAGUCACACAUGAAUGCAUCGUUUUCUGUCUCUCUAUAACACUUACCAGUCUGCACCUGCGUUGUGAGAGAUGGUGGGAGAUGUUUAGAGUGUCACAGCUUCCCUCAAAACUGACCUCUAAAUGGUUUUCUCAUCAAAUCUACCGAAUUUAUUUUAAAUUUUUUUUGUGCUGUACAUUUCAGAAUUACCUCUCAGAAUCCAAGGCUGACUUUAGUAACUAAAACCGAUGUAGGGAAAAAAAGAAUUAAAUAAAUGUAUGAUGAUAGUGAAAGUUAGUGUUUGUCUUUGGAAUUAUUUUAACUGUUGAGAGCUGAUUGUUUUUUUUUUUUUACUUUUUGGAGGGCAGACUUGUCAUCAGAUGAGGCAGAUACUUUUUUUUUUGUCCCAGUGAACACAGACUAGCAGUGCUAAAUUAAAACAUAAAAGGUCUAUCAAACUCACACAAUGCCUGAGGCUGUUUCAGCAAGCCUCCCCACAGCCGGUACAGUACCUCAUACUGAUGAUGAUGAUGAUUAUGAUGAUGAUGAUGAUGAUGAUGAUGAUAGCUUACCAGACCUGAUUCAAAUGCCCUGACCUCACCCACACAAAUGCAGUACGGUGCUUCUACUCGAACGCAUGACUCCUGUGGUGGUCUUCUUCACUGUAGUAGGGUAUGUCGUGGAGAAAACGGCUUUUCACAGUAGCACUGGAAAUCGUAGUUUGGUCAUGGUUUUGUUUGACUGUCAGAAGUAGCUUUUUUUUUUAGAACAGUUGUGAAGUUGAGGCUCUUUUCUUGCAUUGCAGAGGACUCUUCAGACCUCUGUCUCUCUUGUGUUUUUGGCUCUUUAUACAGUUAAGUGCAGGUUUCCCUCCAGCUGGUUCGGUUUCACUGUGGUGUUGUCGAGACAUCUGUAAGCCAACCGCAAUCUGAGGUUGAAACUUGUCCAGAUGAUAGUAACCUUUUUAAUUUUACUUCCAAGGAUUGGUGUUUCUAGGUUUUGUGGGGUGUUGCUAGACAUUAAUAUUCAGUACCAGAAAAACCACAAUUACACACAUCACUGAGGGUGUACUGUGUUGCUAGUCAUAUCACAUGGUGGUUGGAUAGUUUAGGCUUUUUUUUCCUCUUUCUUGUUUUCUGUUGAUCUGGUUUUCUCGUCAUUUACACUGAUUUAAUAAUGUAGUCUGGAGCAUUAGCUGGCAUUCUUUGCUUUAAUAUUCAUUCCUUUUAGAUCACUACCAAUAAUACUACAUGUUAAAUUGUGGUUGACAAAUAUCCGAGCUAGGAUUUUGAACAGAUUUGGGAAUCGGAAAGGCAAAAUAAAAGAAUCUGUGACAUGCAAAAGAAGGAGGUUUGACAAGAGUAUCCAGGUCUGAUUAAACAAAAGCUGAUCAAACUUGUUCUGCCUUUGGGACUGAACAGAAAAGAGGGCAUUCAACAACCAUCCAAAACAAAAUAAAUGGUUAUGGAUUAGCUGAGGAAGGAUUUAGUAAAGUCUGGUCAGAUGUAUGCAGAACCACAGCAGUGUUUUUUGUCCUGUCUUGUUAUUAAAUGAGAAAACACAAAGCAUUGCAUGAGACUGUUGUAGGCGAUCCAGUAUGUACUACACUUCAUAUAGCACUAGACUUUCAGUAGUGGUUUUACAUGGAUCCAUUUCUUAACUGCAUUUCACCAUUUGGGAGAUUCCUUUUGUUUCCUCAGUAGGUAAAAACCCUCAAGUCCUACAUUUCCCACGGGCCAAAAGGUCCCAAACACCUCAAGGUAAUCGGUGACUGUGCGCUGGACAGACUUUGAUCCAUUUUUAGUACAUCUCAUGGAUCCAUGCCUUUCUGGUAACAGCCAUGCUGUUGUUUUGAGUUGUGAGUGAACUGUAUUGCUGAGCAACCUGGAUCUGAGCAAUAAAGAAUAUUUGAAAAAAAUAAAA